CACAUCGAAUAAAAUAACUUGCUCUUCGCCGUUCGGUAACUCUUCGAUGAAACAUAGGUCACAUGACUGCUGAUGAGAAGUGGUGUCUGUGUUGAAGGAGUGAACACGUCUGCGUUAUUUUACCGGUUGAACUGUUACCACAUAGUGUAUAGUUUGUUUAAGAAAAACCACAAAAAUAAGCAGUCAUAAUGUCAUAUCAAGUUAAUAAAAUUUCGGCACCACAAAUUAUACCAAUACCUGGUGGAUUAAAAGUUGGUACACAGAUUGUUAUUCGAGGAAAAACUCCAUAUAGUUCAGAUGGGUUUUCUCUCAAUUUUCAGAAUGAAUAUGAUGGUGGUAACAUUGCACUACAUUUUAACCCAAGAACGGAUGGAAACUCAGUUGUAAGAAACUCCUUUCAAGGAGAUUGGCAUGAUGAAGAAACAGAUAGUCCAUAUUUUCCAUUUCUGGAAGGAAAGAAGUUCACUUUACGUUUCCUCGUCACUCCUGAUGAAUAUGACAUAUCUGUCAAUGGAAAAGAUUUUGUUAAAUUCUCGCAUCGUUUGCCGUUUAACGAAGUAGAAUAUUUGAGACUAAAUGAUAAUGCUGAGUAUUAUGACUUGGCAAUACAAAACAAUAAGACUGCCCCUUUCAAUGCUGUAUUUCCUGACAGAAGGUUAAGAGAAGGUGUAGCUGUUAGAAUUAGAGGUGUUAUUCUACCAGAUGCUCAAUCAUUUGCUGUAAACUUCAAUUGUGAUUCUGACGGGGACAACACAGGCUUCCAUUUUAAUCCAAGACAGUUCAGUAAUAUUGUCUUGAGAAAUUCUAAAUUUGGCGAUUGGGGAGAAGAAGAAACUGAAUCACCAGAUUUUCCAUUUCAACCAGGACAAUAUUUUGAUUUGUUGAUUAUUGCUACGGAAGGUAGAUUUAACGUUUAUGUCAAUGGCAAGUUUUUCACCCUAUUUAAUUAUCGUUGCCCUGUCGAGGAUAUGAAGUAUAUCUAUUGUGGUGGAGAUUUAUCAAUUGCUGAUGUAGACAUAUAUGAACCACUGCCAGGUGAUUUUAGUAAAGAAAUAAAAUCUGGUUUAGAAAAAAGUGACAUGAUUGUCGUCAAGGGUUUUUUUUAUCCUGAGGGAGAAAGUUUCUCAAUCAACUUAUUGAAUGGUUAUUCGAUAGCUGAUUCAGAUAUUGCCUUCCACUUGAACCCACGACGUAAUGAUGGGGAAGUUAUAAUGAACAGUAGAUUUGAUGGAAAUUGGGGGGAUGAAGAAAGGGUUCCUAAUCCACCAGCUUUUCUAGAACUUCUUCCAUUUGAAGUUAAGAUUGUUACAAAGGGUUCAAAGUUCAAGGUUUAUGUUAAUGGUAAAAAGUUUGAGUCUUAUAAAGCUCGUGGAAAUGUUGAUGACAUCAAAUCUAUUAAUGCAACUGGAGAUGCUUAUAUAUUUGAAGUCAAACUGUUGCAGCGUUUAGAUCAACCAAUUAUACAAAAAAUUCCAGGAAAUUUACAGCCAGGCCGAUGGUUAUUCUUCCUUGGUACAGCCAAAAAAGAUGCUCAAAAUUUUGUGAUCAACUUACAAUGUAAUGAUAGUAUGGAUUAUGAUGGUAGUACAGAUAUAGCUCUACAUUUUAACCCAAGAUUUAGUGAUCGACAAACAGUUAGAAAUCAUUUAUUAGAUGGCAAUUGGGGAGAUGAAGAAAGAGAUCAAGCAGAAUUCCCAUUUGAGGAAAAAGAUACUUUUGAAAUAGCUAUGCAGGUCUUAAAUGAUGAAUAUAAGAUAUAUGUAGAUGGUAAACAUUAUAUCGAUUAUAAUCAUAGAAUGGACAUGAACCGAGUUUGUCAUAUUAUGUUAGCUGGUGAUGCUAAUUUCUUUGAGCCAGAAUUCAACUAAUAUAAAGACAGGAGUGGGCUGUUUUGUCUUCCUGAUCACACUUUCCACCAGAUAUUAUUGUUCAUUUUAGCUAAAACUUCUGCCAUGGCUCUUUAUAUAGCUUUGUAAUUAUUUACUCAUGCUAAUUAUUAAUCAUUUGAAAACAAUCAUCUUUAGUGGCUCAAGAUUCGUUAUUGUUGUGUUUGUUGUUAUUUUAAAUUGAAUUAUUACAGUUUAUAAAAGAAAUAUCUGAAAGUUAAGACUAUUGAGCCAAAAAAAAACAAGAUAUGAUAUAUGCCACAUUACAAGUUGUAAAUAAAGUUUAGCAUACUGUUUCAUUUGUGAACACAGGUGGUGAAGUUAGGUAGUGACCAUGAUUGGUUCUAAAUGUAACCAAAAUAAACAUGUUGCCCUCAUUGAUUAGAGAUUGAAAUAGGUAAUUUCACUCUAUUUAUGUUAAUUUCGUUAGAACUAGAAAUCUGUAAAUACAUGGUAUUUUGAAUAAGAUUAACACAAAUAAAGUGCAUUUAGCAAUUUGAGUUCCCCACACUUACAAGGUUAAGCUUUUACAUUAUUAACACAAGCAUUAAUUAAGAUCAGUGACGAAUUGAGCAUUAGUUAGGUGAUCUUAUUAAAUUAUUCUAGGUCUGUUAAUGGCAAGGUAGCCUCAGUUAACAAGUUUUGUAUCCAUUAAUUAUAACUAGAUAUUAGUUAAUAUUCACAAUUAUAAUUGAGACAGAAACUGAUGAAAAGCAUGAGCUGUGAUUAUUGUUUGUGACUAUUUUUAUAUUCAUAAUGAUUCUUAUUGAUUUAUAGCCAGUAAUAAAAAUACAUUUUCUUUACGAAA